AUGGUGUCAAAAAGAAGUGUACCUUCAAAGCAACCUUCUCUCAGCACCUAUGAAGUGAUGUUUGUCGCUCUCUUUGCCAUUUUGGCGGUUCUCUGUGCUGGGUUAAUUGCAGUGUCCUGGCUGGCAAUCGAGGGAUCAGAGAAAGGUGCAGUACUUGGAAAAAAUUAUGAAGCCAGAGGGACACUGAAAAUAACAUCAGGAGCUACAUAUAAUCCUAAUUUGCAAGACAAACUCUCAGUGGAUUUCAAAGUUCUUGCUUUUGACCUUCAGCAAAUGAUAGAUGAGAUCUUUCAAUCAAGUAAUCUGAAAAAUGAGUACAAAAACUCAAGAGUUUUACAAUUUGAAAAUGGCAGCGUCAUAGUCAUAUUUGACCUGUUCUUUGCCCAGUGGGUGUCAAAUGAAAAUGUAAAAGAAGAACUGAUUCAAGGCAUUGAAGCAAAUAAAUCCAGUCAACUGGUCAAUUUCCAUAUUGAUUUGAACAGCAUUGAUGUCACAGGCAAGUUAACAACCAACAGUCCUCUGGCAACCCCAGGAAAUGUCUCAGUGGAGUGUCAGCCUGGUUCAAGGCCUUGUGCUGAUGCUAUGAAAUGUAUCUCAACUGAUUUAUUCUGUGAUGGAGAAUUAAACUGCCCAGAUGGUUCUGAUGAAGACAACAAAACUUGCGCCACAGCUUGUGAUGGAAGAUUUUUGUUGACUGGAUCUGUGGGGUCCUUCGAGGCUACCUCUUAUCCAAAGCUUUCUAAAUCAAGUGUUGUUUGCCAGUGGAUUAUACGUGUAAACCAAGGACUUUCCAUUAAACUGAACUUCGAUUCCUUUAACAUAUAUUAUACAGAUACAUUAAAUAUUUAUGAAGGUGUAGGUUCAAACAAAAUUUUAAGAGCUUCUCUCUUGGAAACCAAUCCUGGCACAAUUAGAAUUUUUUCCAACCAAGUUACUGUCACGUUUCUUAUAGAAUCAGAUGAAAGUGAUUUUAUUGGUUUUCAUGCAACAUACACUGUAUUUAACAGCAGGGAACUUAAUAAUUAUGAGAAAAUUAACUGUGAUUUUGAAGAUGGCUUUUGCUUUUGGAUCCAGGAUCUAAAUGAUGAUAACGAUUGGGAAAGGAUUCAGGGAAACAGUUUUCCUCCUUUUACUGGACCAGAUUUUGACCACACUUUUGGCAAUGUUUCAGGGUAUUACAUUUCCACCCCAACUGGACCAGGAGGUAGACAAGAAAGAGUAAAGCUCCUAAGCCUCCCUUUGAAGCCCACUCUGGAACCAGUGUGCCUUAGCUUCUGGUAUUACAUGUAUGGGGAAAAUGUCUACAAAUUAAGCGUUAAUAUCAGCAGUGAGCAAAACAUGGAGAAGAUAAUUUUCCAAAAGGAAGGAAAUUACGGAAAAAACUGGAAUUAUGGACAAGUAACAAUAAAUGAAACAGUGGAAUUUCAGGUUUCCUUUAAUGCUUUUAAAAACAAGAUCCUGAGUGAUAUAGCAUUGGAUGACAUUGACCUAACACAUGGGAUUUGCAAUGCGAGUCUUCAUCCAGAACCAACUUUGGUCCCAACACCUCCACCAGAACUUCCUACGGACUGUGGAGGACCCUUUGAACUGUGGGAGCCAAACACAACAUUUACUUCUAUGAAUUUUCCAGACAACUACCCUAAUCAGGCUUUUUGUGUUUGGAAUUUAAAUGCACAAAAAGGAAAGAAUAUACAACUUCAUUUUCAAGAGUUUGACUUAGAAAAUAUUGCAGAUGUGGUUGAAAUCAGAGAUGGUGAAGGAGAUGAUUCUUCGCUCUUAGCUGUGUACACAGGGCCUGGUCCAGUAAAGGAUGUGUUCUCAACCACCAACAGAAUGACUGUGCUUUUCAUCACUGAUAAUCAGUUGACAAAACAGGGUUUUAAAGCCAACUUCACUACUGGCUAUCGCUUGGGGAUUCCAGAGCCCUGCAAGGAAGACAGCUUCCAGUGUAAGAGUGGAGAGUGCAUCCCCCUGGGCAAUCUCUGUGACAGCCUUCCACACUGUACGGACGGCUCAGAUGAAGCACACUGUGUGCGUCUUUUCAAUGGGACGCUGAAAAACAGUGGUUUGGUGCAGUUCAGAAUCCAAAGUGUGUGGCAUGGAGCUUGUGCCGAGAACUGGACCAACCCAAUUUCCAAUGAUGUUUGUCAGCUACUGGGACUAGGGACUCAAAACUCAUCAACGCCUGUCUUCGCUUCUACAAGUGGACCAUUUGUAAAACUGAACAAAGCACCUAAUGGCAGCUUAAUACUAACACCAAGUAAACAGUGUUUACAGGAUUCACUAAUUCUGUUACAAUGUAACCAUAAACCAUGUGGGGGGAAAAUGGUGGCUCCAGAAGUCAGCCCAAGGAUUGUUGGAGGAAAUGACGCCGAAGAAGGAGCCUGGCCCUGGCUCACUGCUCUGUAUUACAACAGGCAGCUGCUCUGCGGUGCUUCUCUCGUCAGCAGCGACUGGCUGGUGUCCGCGGCUCACUGCGUGUACGGGAGAAAUUUACAGCCAUCUAAAUGGAAAGCAAUCCUAGGCCUGCACAUGACAUCGAAUCUGACUUCUCCUCAAGUAGUAACCCGCUUGGUAGACCAAAUUGUCAUACACCCACAGUACAAUAAACGGACAAAGAACAAUGACAUUGCCAUGAUGCACCUUGAAUUUAAAGUGAAUUACACAGAUUAUAUACAACCUAUUUGCUUACCAGAAGAAAGUCAAGUUUUCCCUCCAGGAAGAAUUUGUUCUAUUGCUGGCUGGGGAAGGGUUGCUUAUGAAGGUCCUACUGCAGACGUAUUGCAAGAUGCUGAUGUUCCUCUUCUAUCAAAUGAGAAAUGCCAACAACAGAUGCCGGAAUACAACAUCACAGAAAAUAUGGUGUGUGCAGGCUAUGAGGAAGGAGGAAUAGAUUCUUGUAAGGGGGAUUCAGGAGGACCGUUAAUGUGUCAAGAAAACAACAGGUGGCUCCUGGCUGGUGUGACAUCAUUUGGAUACCAGUGUGCUCUGCCUAACCGCCCAGGGGUGUACGCCCGGGGCCAGAGGUUCACAGAGUGGAUACAGAGCUUUCUCCAUUAG